AUGCAAGCAAUAUAGAUUUGAGGCUGAUUCAAUUCUACAAAAAUGCUACCCAGAAUCAUCUUUUGCUUUGCAGUUGUUAUAGCCAUUGCGGUGGUUGUCCUAUUGGCCUUGCUCUCACCGGUAAGCCACAGAAGUUCAUCAAAGAACCCUUCCAGACCUUGGCUGGCCCUCUCCAUGUACAUUCAACACCCACACAUCUCAAGGUCUAGUGUCCAACCUGUUGCCCAGUCAGAUGCCGGAGCCUUCGUCUUUCACCGUGCCCUCACGGAGGGACCGAAGAACACGUCUCGAAUAGUCGGGAAAGCCCAAGGCUUCAUUAUUCCGAUUGAACAUUUCGCCGAUUCCGCAUUCAACAUAAUUUAUCUCACUUUCGAAACACCCAAGCUCAAUGGGAGCCUGAGUAUCCAGGCCAAUAAUGUGGAACACGAGGAUAGGCAAGAACUAACAGUGGUUGGAGGAACAGGUUAUUUUGCAUUUGCACGUGGGCUUGCAGUGUUCAUGCAGACUAAAUCCCAAUCAUCUGAAGCUGAUCCCACUUAUCAUGUAAAGCUUCAGCUUAGAUUUCCCAAUAGAUCUCAGACCAUUCCAGGGUGAGGCAGCAAAAGUAGAACCAUCUGUUGGGCAUGAUCCUUGUUUUAAAAGAUCCAAAUUUACAAUGAUAAAUUUUGAACUGCCUAAAUUAAACAAAACCCAGCAUAAGGAAGAUGAUUUCCAAGUCCAAGAUCUGGUAAAAAGGACAUGAACCAGGAUUCAAAAUGCUUAAUAGUUGAGGAAUGGUUGCAGCCCGUGGAAACGGAAGUUAGGCUUUAGAGUUAAUUUUAUUUUAUGGAGUUUGAGUUUUGAUACAAUUAAUAUUUCCAGUUAUUGGAUUGGUUAGAGUUUGCAGUGUAAUUAAUACGAAAUUAUAGUGUUUAAAUAAUAAAAGAAGCAAAAGCUAAUUAUGUGUUUUUAAAAAUGUUAAAGAGACCUUACUUCCAACCCGGUUUAUACAGAGAAAUCGGGCCGAGCCUCUCGGUUUAUAAUUUUCGUCCAUAAAUAGCCGGCUCAUAUUACUUUCCUUUCUUUUUCCUAAUUUAUUUUUUUAUUUGGACUGUGUCUGGUAAAGAGCUAGUCAAGCAAUUUUCACAUUUUAUCUCUUGCUUUAUUUCUAUCUAUCUCUUGGAGAUUCGGCAACUGGCGAGCUUCCGUCGGUUGAAGGAAUACGAAAUGGCAAAGUCGAGCGCGGACGAUGAGGAGUUAAGGCGAGCUUGCGAGGCCGCAAUCGAAGGCACGAAGCAGAAGAUCGUGAUGUCGAUUCGCGUCGCUAAAAGCCGCGGGAUCUGGGGUAAAUCUGGCAGAUUGGGUCGCAACAUGGCUAAACCUAGAGUCCUUGCUCUCUCCGUGAAAUCAAAAGGUCAGGAAACUGAAGCUUUUCUGCGAGUUUUGAAGUAUUCUUCAGGAGGAGUUCUUGAGCCUGCAAAGUUAUACAAGCUGAAGCAUCUUUCAAAGGUGGAGGUUGUGACUAAUGACCCUAGUGGAUGCACUUUUACUUUGGGAUUUGAUAAUCUCAGAAGCCAAAGUGUUGCUCCACCUCAGUGGACUAUGCGCAAUAUUGAUGACAGGAACCGCCUUUUAUUAUGUAUCUUAAACAUCUGCAAAGAUGUACUGGGUUGUCUUCCCAAAGUUGUUGGUGUAGAUAUUGUGGAAAUGGCUCUUUGGGCUAAGGAAAAUACACCCUCAGUCACUACUCAAAGAAAUCUACAAGAUGGACCAGUUGCAACUACAGUACCAGAAAGUGGCAUGAAAGUGACUGUUGAAAAGGAACUCGUCUCUCAAGUAGAGGAAGAGGACAUUGAGGCUCUCUUGGGCACCUAUGUCAUGGGCAUUGGUGAAGCAGAAGCAUUUUCUGAACGGUUGAAGCGAGAGCUUCAUGCCCUGGAAGCAGCAAAUGUGCAUGCCAUUUUGGAAAGUGAACCUCUAGUAGAUGAGGUCUUGCAAGGGCUAGAGGCAGCAACAAGUUGUGUUGAUGACAUGGAUGACUGGUUAGGCAUGUUCAAUGUCAAAUUACGACAUAUGAGAGAAGACAUUGAAUCGAUAGAGAGCCGCAACAACAAGUUAGAGAUGCAAUCUGUAAAUAAUAAAUCACUCAUUGAAGAACUUGAUAAGCUUCUUGAACGACUGCGUGUCCCUUCUGAGUAUGCAGCAUGUCUGACAGGAGGCUCGUUUGAUGAGGCUCGCAUGCUUCAAAAUGUUGAAGCAUGUGAGUGGUUAACUGGUGCUUUGCGUGGCCUUCAAGUACCUAACUUGGAUCCCAGUUAUGCAAAAAUGCGAGCUGUUAAAGAUAAGCGGGCAGAACUCGAAAAACUAAAAGCUACAUUUGUCCGGAGAGCUUCUGAGUUUUUGAGAAACUACUUUGCCAGUUUGGUGGAUUUUAUGAUUGGUGACAAAAGCUAUUUCUCUCAGCGGGGACAGUUGAAGAGGCCUGAUCAUGCUGACUUGCGGUAUAAAUGCAGGACGUAUGCUCGCCUUCUGCAACAUUUAAAGAGUCUUGAUAAGAGCUGCUUGGGUCCUUUAAGGAAAGCUUAUUGUAGCUCCCUUAACUUACUUCUGCGCCGUGAGGCUCGUGAAUUUGCCAAUGAGCUUCGUGCUAGUACAAAAGCAUCAAGAAAUCCAACUGUAUGGCUGGAGGCUUCCACAGGUGGCAGUCAAAGUGGGAAUAGUGCAGACACUUCAGCGGUUUCUGAUGCUUAUGCCAAAAUGCUGACAAUUUUUAUUCCCCUACUUGUAGAUGAGAGUUCUUUCUUUGCACACUUCAUGUGCUUUGAAGUUCCUGCACUUGCUCCCCCUGGAGGUGUUGCUAAUGGUAGUAAAAGUGGAUCCUAUGAUGAUGAUACCAAUGAUGAUGAUCUGGGCAUUAUGGAUAUUGAUGACAAUGAUAGUAAAGCUGGUAAAACUUAUGCUGAUCUUCAAUCACUAAAUGAGUCACUACAGGAUUUGCUCGAUGGAAUUCAAGAAGACUUUUAUGCUGUAGUUGAUUGGGCAUACAAGAUUGACCCUCUGCGUUGCAUAUCCAUGCAUGGUAUAACAGAGCGCUAUCUAUCUGGCCAGAAAGCUGAUGCGGCAGGAUUUGUGCGUCUCCUGCUUGGUGCUCUUGAAUCAAAAAUUUCUAUGCAGUUCAGCCGGUUUGUUGACGAGGCUUGCCAUCAAAUUGAAAGAAAUGAACGCAACGUGCGACAAAUGGGAGUCUUGUCUUACAUCCCUCGGUUUGCAACUCUAGCCACCCGCAUGGAACAGUACAUUCAAGGACAAUCACGGGACUUGGUUGAUCAAGCAUACACCAAAUUUGUUAGCGUUAUGUUUGCUACUCUUGAAAAACUGGCACAAACGGAUCCAAAAUAUGCUGAUAUAUUUCUUUUAGAAAAUUAUGCAGCAUUCCAGAAUAGCUUGUAUGAUCUGGCCAAUGUUGUGCCCACCUUAGCCAAAUUUUAUCACCAAGCAAGUGAAGCAUAUGAACAAGCAUGUACACGUCAUAUCAGCAUGAUAAUAUACUAUCAAUUUGAACGACUGUUCCAAUUUGCUCGAAAGAUUGAGGAUUUAAUGUUUACAAUUUCAGCGGAAGAGAUACCUUUUCAGCUUGGAUUGUCUAAAAUGGAUCUCCGGAAGAUGUUAAAAUCCAGUUUAUCUGGGGUUGACAAAUCUAUUACUGCAAUGUAUAAGAAGUUGCAGAAGAACUUGACAUCUGAGGAGCUGUUACCCUCUUUGUGGGACAAGUGCAAGAAAGAGUUUCUGGACAAGUACGAUAGCUUUGCCCAACUCGUUGCCAAAAUUUACCCCACGGAAACCAUCCCAUCGGUUAGUGAAAUGAGAGACCUGCUUGCUUCCAUGUAAAAGGGACAGAUUUUGCCUUCUGUAUAAUCUUCUGUAUUUUCCAUUUGGAGCGGAGAGCCGUAUUAGCUUGCUCUAAUUAUUAAAGUUGUAAUAUAAUAGACAAUCGCCCCUCCAAAACCCAUAUUUCAAUUUAUUUGAAACUUACCCAUUAUAUUCAUUCAUUAUCGGAUAGAAGUUGCUGUUGUAUCAUGUUCAAUGUAAAAUUGUUUUAUUUGUCUGCUCUACAUUUCGUAAGGUUUAAUAGAGUUUUUGGAAUUCCAUUCUUUAAUUCUCAAAAA